AUGGCAACCGCACGCCCUUUGGUCUCUGUCUUCAACUUCGAGAACCCCACCGAGAAGACCGGAACAGUGAAGAUGCCCCAUGUCCUGACUUCACCUCUCCGCCCAGACCUCGUCCGCGAUGUGCACAUGAACAUGGCCAAGAACAAGCGCCAGGCCUAUGCAGUCAGCGCCAAGGCCGGCUACGACACCGCCGCGGAGUCCUGGUGCACAGGCCGUGCUGUGGCACGUAUCCCCCGUGCCCCUGGUGGCGGAACCCACCGUGCCGGCCAGGCCGCCUUCGGCAACCAGGCACGCGGAGGUGGCAUGUUCAACCCAACCCGCAUCUGGCGCCGCUGGCACCGCCGCGUGAACGUCACCAAGAAGCGCCACGCCGUGGCCGUGGCCUUGGCCGCCAGCAGCCUGCCGCCGCUGGUCACGGCCCGCGGACACCGCAUCAGCAAGGUGGCAGAGCUGCCCUUGGUCGUGUCCGAUGGCCUGGAGUCCCUGACCAAGACCAAGGCGGCCGUCCAGGCCCUCCAGAAGUUGGGCUGCGGAGAUGAGCUGCAGAAGAUCAUGGACUCCAAGAAGAUCCGUGCCGGCAAGGGCAAGGCACGCAACCGCCGCUACGUCCGCCGCUUGGGUCCUCUGGUGAUCUACAACGAGGACAACGGCAUCACCAAGGCCAUGAGGAACAUCCCGGGGGUGGAGACCGCCCAUGUGGAUCGCCUGAACCUGUUGAGGUUGGCCCCCGGAGGGUCCUUCGGCCGCUUCAUCAUCUGGACGGAGUCGGCCUUCAAGCGCCUUUCCGAGAUCUACGGCACGGCGAAGGGUGGCGCGCCCAUGAAGAAGGGCUACCACCUGCCCCGCGCCUCCAUGCAGAACGCCGACCUCUCCCGGAUCAUCAACAGCUCCGAGGUCCAGUCCGUCCUCAGGGCCAAGCUCGAGCCCCCCACCAGCAUGAAGAAGGCCAAUGCCCUGAAGAACAAGGCCCUUAUGGAGGAGCUGAACCCUGGAGCUGCUGAGCGAAAGCUCGUGGCAAAGAAGGCCACCGAGAAGGGCACUGCCGAGUACGACCAGGUGCAGAAGAGCAAGAAGGCCCGCAUCGAGGAGUCCAAGAAGUACAACAAGGCGAACAAGAAGGGAGAUGAGACCUUCUACAAGACCCUCAUGAAG